GAGUUGUUAUUAUCCGCCACGGCAGCCCUCUCAGGGCGGGUCACUGACAGUCCCCGGGGUAUCGGUGUAUCUCUCCGCCCGUCACGCCGGGACUAGUUUGCGGAAGGGAAUUGGGCCGCCAGGGGGAGCUGCGCUGGCUGGAGAUCUGACAGCUAGUCAGUCACUGCCAGGCGGCCGGCGGGUGGCAGAGAGGCUGCUGCGGGCUAUGGUGUAGGGAGCAAGCCGGCGUAUGGAGAAGCGGAGGAUGGAGUGCCCUGCGCUGCCACCGGGCUGGAAGAAGGAAGAGGUCAUUAGAAAGUCCGGGCUCAGUGCAGGGAAGAGCGAUGUCUACUACUUCAGUCCAAGCGGUAAGAAGUUCAGAAGCAAGCCCCAGUUGGCCAGGUACCUGGGGAACUCUGUUGACCUCAACAGUUUUGACUUCAGAACGGGAAAGAUGAUGCCCAGUAAAUUGCAGAAGAACAAACAGAGACUAAGAAAUGACCCUCUCAAUCAAACAAAGGGUAAUAAACCAGACUUGAACACCUCCUUACCGAUUCGCCAGACUGCUUCCAUCUUCAAGCAACCAGUUACCAAAAUUACCAACCACCCCAGCAAUAAAGUGAAAUCCGAUCCCCAGCGCGUCAUUGAACAGCCUCGCCAGCUGUUCUGGGAGAAGAGACUAGAGGGACUGUGUGCAUCAGAUGUAACGGAACAAGUUCUAAAAUCAAUGGAACUUCCUAAGGGCCUGCAAGGUGUUGGUCCAGGCAAUAACGAGAACACUCUACUUUCCGCCAUUGCCAGUGCGCUGCACACUGGCUCUGCACCAAUCACAGGACAGCUGUCUGCAGCGGUGGAGAAAAACCCGUCUGUCUGGCUUAACACAUCACAACCGCUCUGCAAAGCUUUUAUCGUCACAGAUGAGGACAUUCGAAAACAAGAAGAGAGAGUACAUCAUGUCCGAAAGAAACUAGAAGAGGCUCUAAUGGCCGAUAUCCUGGCGCGUGCUGCCGAUACCGCUAAUAACACAGAAAUCGCUAUCGGAACAUAACUCUCCGUCUUGGGUACAAUCACCGUUUAAAAUAAAACAAUCAAAAACAAACAACCGCAAUUCCUUGGUCUGACCUUACAAUGAAGACGUAUGCACAUUUAUAUAGGACUUUUGUUUUUGUCUAUAGCAACAAUCCGAUGCCUUCCUAGAAUUCUAUUUUUGAUGUACAGAUCUAUAUUAUUAUUGAAAGGAAAACGUCUUUAUUUUGUCUGCUGAAUGUCUGACUUUUUAAAUGUAAAGCAAUAUUAUUAUUAUUAUUAUUUUUAUUAUUAUUAUUAAUUGAUCCUAUGUUUUAAAUAUCAGGAAGCAGCCAGCUGGUGUUCGGAGCGCAUAUUUUUAUUAUUAAUAUUGGUGUAAUAAACCGAUGAUGUCUCUUGAAUUUCUGAUUGGCGUUUAUAGAUAUUGCAGUUUAUUUAAAAUCCCUUUUUAUACCUCAGCUGAGAGACUUGUGUACAUUAUUGCCAUCUUAUAUUUAAAUAAAAAAAUAUAUAAAGAC